AUGAAAAAGAAGAAGUUCGCAAUCAAUGCAAGGGUCAAGAUCGUUGACUUCGAUGAAGAACCAGAGCUGAAUGGAUUUACUGCAUUUGUUAGAUCCAAACCAAAGAAGUCGUCAGGACGUAUCAAGGUCAUCUUUCCAAACACCACUGAAACCGUGAAAGUCCCUGUUGAAUGUUUGGAGCUUUUCCCUGCACCGAUGAGUGAGCUCACACAACACGCACGAGAAUACCUAUCAGCUUCAGUGAACUUGAUUUCGGCAUCGGAAGAUGCCACCCCACUGGAUCAAUCGAACCGAUCAAAUUCGACAGAGGGCGUGGAGGGCGGAGCAUGUACUGCUGCAUUUCUGAGCAUCCUCUAUGAUCACCAGAAUAUCAACCCAGACGGCGUCCUGUCGUUCGGCCGUAUCAUGAAGAAUAUGAAACAAAUUCUGGAAUCCAGAGGCCAACAACAACAGCCACAGCUUUCUAGUUCCCGUCCAGUUCAGCUGGCCACACCAUGGGAAUUUGUUCCAAGCCAAAACUUUUCUGGAAAUCGCCGUGCUCUCAUCAUUGGGAUUAGAUACAAGGGCGCACCGUGGGAAUUGCCAAAUUCACAUGGCGAUUGCGACAACAUGAUGAAAUACUUGAAGCGUGCUCAUGGCUUUGAAGACAACGAUUUCACCAUCCUCAUGGACGACGACGAGCAUACUCCCCCAACACGAGCCAAUUUGCUCAAAGCAUUCGGAAAGUUUGCUUCUGAGUGCCGUCCGAACGACGCAGUGUACUUUCAUUUUUCGGGUCAUGGUGGAACCAUACCGGAUGAAUCGGGGGAUGAGACUGACGGGAUGGAUGAAACAAUGUAUCCGAUGGAUUAUUUGGAUGCUGGAGAAAUCGUGGAUGAUGAAGUGUUUGAGGAAUUCAUCCUUCAAAUAUGCGCAGGCGUCACGCUCAAUGCCGUGGUAGACUCUGCUCACUCUGGUUCAGUAUUUGACCUUCCCUUUGAGCUUUUGACAGCAGGCAAGGGCCUUGAUGAAGAUUUUAGUGCGGUACACUUUCCCCAUAUGGAAAUUGCACGGGAGCAUAACAGAAAGAAAGAACGCAUGAAGCAAGAACGGGGGAAUAGCCAAAGGGCCACACCUUCGCCAUCACAAAAUCGAGCCAGGAAAAGAGUUCCUAGGGAGGAGCCGGCACGACAGGGCAGCGGCAUCAAUAGACCACAUCCCAUAGAUGCUGUCGUCACCUUGACUGGACUCAAGAUUACUCCUCACUUAAAUGGACGAACGGCUAUUGUCAAGUCUCAGAUGGGCAGCAACGGCCGUCAGCACGUGUUCGUCAAGGGUCUUGGAAGGUCGUAUGCUCUGAAGCCAGCUAAUUUGCAACUCAAAUAA